AUGACGCAAGACACCAACAGCAUCCCCAACGCAGCAAAUGGCCCGAAGGUCAACGUCGUGCUCGUGCAGAUCCGCCCGGCACCGGCAGACGAUGUGAUCGGCCAGUGCGCGCACAUGCGCGAACUGGUCCUCAAGGCGGUGGGCGAGGGCCCGACGGACAUUGUGGUCUUACCCGAGAUGUGGAACACGCCUACGACGCACGACCAGCUUGUCAAGUACGCGGAGCCUAUCCCACCACUGGGCACGGCCGAGGCGGAGUGGCCAGAGGCGGCUUACACCUGCCGUCAGCUUGCGGCUGUCGCACGCGAGGCGAACAUCUGGCUUGUAGGAGCGUCCCCGAACUCGAGGACGGGCGGCGGUACAACGCUGCGACGGUAUGGUCGCCAUCAGAAAUAUCGCAAGGCGCAUCUCUUUGACUUGUGUCUGCCGAAGAUGACCUACCGCGAGAGCGACACGUUCUCGGCAGGCAAUAAACUCGCGACGUUCGAUACACCGUUUGGUCGUUUUGGUCUCGCUAUCUGUUACGACCUGCGCUUCGCAGAGAUCGCUAUGCUUGCUGCCCGUCAGGGCUGCGUGGGCGUGUUCUACCCCGCUGCGUUCAACACACACACCGGGCCGCUGCACUGGGAGCUGCUUCAGCGUGCUCGUGCGCUAGACAACCAGAUCUACAUCGCAACGUGUAGCUGUGCUCGUGACGAGACAGCUAAAUACGUCAUCUACGGGCAUUCGAUGGCUGUUGACCCCAUGGGCCGCGUCGUCGCCAGCGCCGAGGAGAAGGAGACAAUCGUGCGCCUCACAUUCGACCCCAACAUCAUCGCAGAAACGCGCGCUGGCAUCCCCUUGCUGGAACAGAGGCGCUUCGACCUGUACCCUAACAUUGCUACACUUCCCAUGUGA